GAAAAACCACCACCACUCGCCAACCGUCGUCCAUCAUCCUCGCACUUCCUCACCCUCUUCCCUGCUCUCACAAUCUCGUGAAGUGCACGCGACAUCUCCGCCUUCUGCCGCUCCUUCUGCCUGCAAAAUCUGUCAACUCAUCCUUAUUUCUUCUAUCCAUUCCAGCAUCCCUCUGUCCGGCCCUCAGACCAGCAAAAUUCCUCGUCGAACAACCCCCGGAAUGACAUGUGAAAAUCCGCGCCUCGACAAAACUGUGAUUUCCUGGAGACCUGUCUAACAAACAAGGCUGCGUCACACCAUCCGACUGUUUACGUCCUAUGCGAUCAACUGCAUAUUUCUUCCUUCUCACCAUCGAGGAUUUCAGCGAUUCUGCGCUCCUUCACUGAACGAAGACACGAACGUUCCUUCACCGACCGAAUGUUCCUCCGAGCCAUCUCCUCGUUGUUCUUCCUCACGCUCAUUAUUUUACUGGUACCCCUCACUUUCGAUAUCGGCGGACGCGAUGCUGGCCUCGGAUUCUCUCUGUCGGUCGCGUCGUUCUACUUCUUCCUCUCGUUGUUGCGCAUCUCGACUCCAGAAAGUUCUACAGUCAGGAGAACCUUGAUCAAUAUACUGCGAAGUCUACAAUGGUUGAUCAUACCCAGCCUGUGUAUCUGGGCGCUGGGAAGAUUCUCCGUCGACGCGAACAACAGUGGCCGCUGGGUGGAAAGAACCUUCAGGAACAAAAAAGGAUUUCUGGACGCACACAGCAGUCUUUCUGACGCUAUAUUUGGCCCGGAAGGCUUGAUCGAGAACGUGACGGUUGGUGGAUGGGACCUGCUCUUGCGAUGGUCAUCUCCCUUCUUUCAGUUACUCGAGGGAUUUUGCAGUCUGCUGGUCAUCCAAGCCGUUGGCCAGUUCUCCAGAUGGCUGGUCAACCGGAGCGAAUGGAGUGAUGCCUGGCUUCUGACGCUCCUGGUAUCGGCCGCUGGGGUGGUCUCGAGCUCAGUCUAUUUUCUAUGGAGAGUCUUGCAAUUUCCCGACAUCUCGAACAUAGAUUCGACCCUCAUCGGUAUCGCCAUCGCGUCGGCCAUCUUCCUCUGCGCGUACGGCGUCGUUUCAGGUCGCGGCACUGCGAUGGAGUCGUCUCUGUUGUUCGCCUACAUUGUCCUCUGCAUCUACCAAAUCUUCACCGACUAUAAGCCGAAUGUCCCAGUCGAUGCGGGCACCGCCUCUUCAGCUCCCGAUUUCCCACCUUUCCCGCCCAUCAUCAUGUCCUCAUACACGGCCCUGAUGCAUGCCCUGUCGCAGCUACCAGAAGCUUUGGUGACUGCUUUGGACUUCACCGUGGCAGCAUUCCGAGCCGUCACUCCUUCUGUCCUCAUCUCCCUCGGAUACCGCCUCUUUGUGUUCUAUGCCUCGACUCGAAUAAUCCCAGCUGUCAAUGAAAGUGGUGUCCGAGGCCUGAGCAUGGAACCGAGUCUGGACGACAACGAUGCCGGAAACCGCUUCCUUGCCUUCCUCUCCUGGUUCUCUCCGAGUAUACUGAUUGCAGUAUACACUAGCCUUCUGAUGCAGCAUUUCGCGACCACAAUUGGCGGAUACUCUCCAGGCCUCACAGAGUCAAUCAGUGCCUGGUGGAGCGGAAAUGGCCAACCCGGGGUCAACGGCAACGCAUGGAAAUGGGUGAAUUUGGUCAUCACCAUGGGCCUAUAUGCGGUCGAACUAUGGCUGGGCAAAGAAGAGGACAUUGAUGGAGGGCAUUGGAAGGUUGAUUGAAAAAGAGGAUGCCAAAUUUCCGAAGAUCUGGACCCAGCAAAUGAUCAUGAAUUCAAAUGAUCCAACACCAUAAACAACGGCACAACGGCCGUUGUCGUUUGCAUAUUUGGAAAGCAGUCGGUGCGAACAAAACAAUCCCGAAUCACGACCACCCCAGGAAACAGGCUGCAUUAAACAACUAGCAAGUGUGAGGACUGAGUGUGACUUCACAACACGGUAGAUGAUGAGGUAUACGAUCCCGCGCAAGCACAGUUCAAGAGUGGAAGGGUGGAAAUGAGAAGAAAGCAGACUCGAUCACAAAUUCUCUUUGUGAGAUGCACUCAAAAGCUCAUGCGGAACCAAAACCAUCGAAGUGGUAGGAAGGCGUGGUUGGAAGGAUAGAUAGAUAGAGAUGGGGGUUUUUCUUUUGCCCUGAGCGCAUGAGCCGAAGGAGUCAGGAAGCGAAGAGCGAGCUCGGUGACGCGGACACACAAUGAGAGCGGAAGAUACGGGGAUGAUGAAGUUGACUAGGCUGAAAGCAACAACUUACACAAAUGUCGGGUUGAAGAGAUACUCUCUGUACAGUUCGACUUUCUUCAUCAAUCAAAAGAGGACUAGGACAAGCAGAACGAAAGAGAACGAACGAUCGAAAAAGGCAAAACAGAGAUAAUGAAUAAUCAUUUCAUACUAUGAGACGAACGAAGACAAACGCCCCUCGCCCCAGCUGUC